AUGAGAUUUACACAGUUGAUUUGGUGUUUGAUGUUUCUACUUCGAUUCGGGUUCUUAGCGGAGGCGAUUCUCGACCCAGUUGAUUUCUUGGCUCUGCAAGCGAUUCGUAAGUCUCUCGAUGAUUUGCCCGGUUCCAAUUUCUUCCAGUCGUGGGAUUUCACCUCUGAUCCCUGUGGCUUCGCCGGCGUCUACUGUGACGGGGAUAAGGUGGUUUCUCUCAAUCUCGGCGAUCCCAGAGCCGGGUCACCCGGUUUAUCGGGUCGGAUCGACCCGGCGGUAGGCAAACUCUCUGCUCUCGCGGAGCUCUCCAUUGUCCCUGGCCGAAUCAUGGGUGCGUUACCGGCAACAAUCUCUCAGUUAAGAGACCUCCGAUUUCUCGCAAUCAGCCGGAAUUUCAUCUCCGGCGAGAUCCCGGCAAGUCUCGGCGAAGUUCGCGGUCUCAGAACUCUGGAUUUGAGCUACAAUCAGCUAACCGGCACUAUUUCUCCGUCGAUCGGAUCCUUGCCUGAGCUCUCCAAUCUGAUUCUCUGCCACAAUCACUUGACCGGAUCAAUCCCUCCGUUUCUCUCACAAUCCCUAACCCGAAUCGAUCUCAAACGCAACAGCCUCACCGGCUCAAUCUCACCGGCGUCUCUCCCUCCGUCGCUGCAAUACGUCUCACUCGCCUGGAACCAGUUAACCGGACCAGUGGACCGGGUUUUACUCCGGUUAAACAAGCUUAACUACCUCGACCUCAGCUUAAACCGGUUAACCGGCACAAUUCCCGGUCGAAUCUUCGCCUUUCCGAUCACUAACCUCCAGUUACAACGCAAUUUCUUCUACGGAUCGAUUCAGCCGGCGAAUCAAGUGACGAUACCAACCGUCGAUCUCAGCUAUAAUCGAUUCUCCGGCGGGAUAUCUCCGCUUCUCUCAAGCGUAGAGAAUCUUUACCUGAACAGCAAUCGGUUCAUCGGUGAAGUCCCGGCGAGCUUCGUCGAGCGAUUGUUAUCGGCGAGCAUACAGACUCUAUAUCUGCAGCAUAACUUCUUGACGGGCAUACAGAUUAGCCCGGCGGCGGAAAUUCCGGUGAGCAGCUCACUGUGUCUGCAGUAUAACUGCAUGGUACCGCCGUUACAGACGCCGUGUCCGCUUAAGGCCGGCCCACAGAAGACUAGGCCCACUACACAAUGCAACGAAUGGCGAGGGUAA